UUGAGGGGCUCGGAUUCUGUCUGAUGCUAUGUCAGAGGGUCUUUGCUUGUUUUUGAGCGUGUCUCUGGAGUGGUGGGGUGGUAGAUAAUCCUGCCUCUCCCUCUGAGCUCAGAGCCAAUAGAGGCAAUAAGGAAAGGUGCCAGACAGGGUCCUGGGGGGCCCAGCGGGGCUGGGGAUGAGGCAGCGUGAGAGUGGGAGCCCUGGCAAAGCUGGUCCUUCCUGGCAGGUGCCCUCGUCUUGCCUUCUCACUUCGGCCUGUUGCUGCAGGUGCAACAAGUAUCUGAAGGUUGCGCUCCCGUCCAAGAUUGGCCCUGUGCAGUGGCUGGGUCGUGACACCGCAGUCUGCAGGGUGCCUGAGGGCUUCCAUCUGGGUGGCCAAGAUUUGGGUGAUGACCUCCCUCUACUUCCUUCGGGCCUUCCCCCAGCUGGUGUGUUUGUACUGGGCCAAGUCGGGUCUCAGGGCUUCACCUGGUCUCUGAGGGGCCAGACUCCCUGGGCACCCAGGAUGGCCACCUCUGCCUUAGCCAGAGCUGCCGCAUGACCGGAGACUGUGAGUCACCAAGUCUUGCCAGUUGACUGUGCCACACAUGGUGUGGAUUUAAACAGCAUCACCAGCCCAGCCGGAGGUGCCGGGGAAGGAGUGGCAGCCUCUGGUCGUGAGCAGUCAGCACACAACUUUAUUCUUCUCAAUAAAGGCAGUUUGCCAGCUCGCUAGCUAAAUGGGAUUUCAUCUUUGCGGCUUGUUGAAGUUUAUCCGAUGAAAUUGUCCAAAUAGGGCAAACACUUUAUUUCUCUACUGUCCCAAUGUGUGCUUUAGAAAUAGUUCUGCAUUCCAAGAGACGCAAGUUUCUUGUGAAAAGAGAAACUAGUAAACCAACAGAGCAGAUCCAGGUGUCCACCUGUUUGGUUGCGAUGGUAAAUACUAAAAGUAAAACUGCCUUUUAAAAACCAUGUUUCCCCAGACUUGCUGGCUGGCUACCUGUUUGGUUUGCUGUGUUCUGCGUCGGCAGUCGCUUCUAGUUUCCAACAGGAAAUCUUGGUGUUUGAGCAAACCCAUGACCCACGAAAGAGCAGCUAAGCAUCCGGGAUGCUGACGAGAGGCUGGUGUGUGCUGUAAGGUCUCCCACCAUGGAGCCAGACCCCCAGGCCGGCGUGCAGGUGGGCAUGCGCGUGGUACGCGGCGUGGACUGGAAGUGGGGCCAGCAGGACGGCGGCGAGGGCGGCGUGGGCACGGUGGUGGAGCUCGGCCGCCACGGCAGCCCUUCGACCCCCGACCGCACGGUGGUCGUGCAGUGGGACCACGGCACGCGCACCAACUACCGCGCGGGCUACCAGGGCGCGCAUGAUCUGCUGCUCUACGACAACGCCCAGAUCGGCGUCCGCCACCCCAACAUUAUCUGCGACUGCUGCAAGAAGCACGGGCUGCGGGGCAUGCGCUGGAAGUGCCGCGUCUGCUUCGACUACGAUCUCUGCACGCAGUGCUACAUGCACAACAAGCACGACGUGGCCCACGCCUUCGAGCGCUACGAGACGGCCCACUCGCGCCCGGUCACGCUGAGUCCCCGCCAGGGCCUCCCAAGGAUCCCGUUAAGGGGCAUCUUCCAGGGAGCGAAGGUGGUUCGGGGCCCUGACUGGGAGUGGGGUUCGCAGGAUGGCUUAGUCUGCUGGUGGGGCCACUGUCUCCCAGGAGGGGAAGGGAAGCCGGGCCGAGUGGUGGACAUCCGUGGCUGGGAUGUGGAGACGGGCCGGAGUGUGGCCAGCGUGACAUGGGCCGACGGCACCACCAACGUGUACCGCGUGGGCCACAAGGGCAAGGUGGACCUCAAGUGUGUGGGCGAGGCAGCUGGCGGCUUCUACUACAGGGAGCAUCUCCCGAGGCUCGGCAAGCCUGCAGAGCUGCAGCGCAGGGUGAGUGCUGACGGCCAGCCCUUCCAGCACGGGGACAAGGUCAAGUGUCUGCUGGAUGCAGACAUCCUGAGGGACAUGCAGGAAGGCCACGGCGGAUGGAACCCCCGGAUGGCCAAGUGUAUCGGACAGAUGGGCACCGUACACCGCAUCACGGACCGUGGGGACGUGCGUGUGCAGUUCAGCCACAAGACCCGCUGGACCUUCCACCCUGGGGCUCUCACCAAGCACAACUCCUGCUCGGUGGGUGACGUUGUGCGGGUCAUUGACGACCUCGACAUGGUGAAGCGGCUGCAGGCCGGGCAUGGCGAGUGGACAGAUGACAUGGCCCCCGCUCUGGGCCACAUCGGGAGAGUACUGAAGGUUUUCGGAGAUGGGAACUUGGGUGUGCUGGUCAGCGGUAAGCUGUGGACCUUCAGCCCCUCCUGCCUGGUGGCCUACCGGCCUGAGGAGGACGCCAACCUGGACGUGGCCGAGCGCGCCCGGGAGAACAAAAGCUCCCUGAGUGUUGUCCUGGACAAGCUUCGAGCCCAGAAGAGUGACCUGGAGCACCCGGGGAGGCUGGUGGUGGAGGUGGCCCUGGGCAACGUGGCCCGGGCUCUGGACCUACUGCGGCGGCACCCGGAGCAGGUGGACACCAAGAACCAUGGCAGGACCGCCCUGCAGGUGGCUGCCUACCUAGGCCAGGUGGAGCUGGUGCGGCUGCUGCUGCAGGCUCGGGCGGGCGUGGACCUGCCGGACGACGAGGGCAGCACGGCGCUGCACUACGCGGCGCUGGGGAACCAGCCCGAGGCCGCCCGGGUGCUCCUGAGCUGGGGUUGCGGGGCCAACACUCUUAACGGCACCCGGAGCUCGGCGCUGCACGUGGCCGUGCAGAGGGGCUUCCUGGAGGUGGUGAGGGUCCUCUGUGAGUGCGGCUGUGACGUCAACCUGCCCGACGCCCAUGCUGACACGCCCCUGCACUGUGCCAUCUCGGCGGGCACUGGCGCCAGCGGCAUCGUGGAGGUCCUCACCGAGGUGCCGGGCAUCGACGUCACUGCCACGAACAGCCAAGGCUUCACCCUGCUGCACCAUGCGUCCCUCAAAGGCCACACACUAGCCGUCAGAAGGAUUCUGGUGCGGGCCCGGCAGCUGGUGGACGCCAAGAAGGAGGAUGGGUUCACAGCGCUGCACCUGGCCGCCCUGAACGACCACAGGGAGGUGGCCCAGGUUCUCAUCCGAGAGGGCCAUUGUGACGUGAAUGUUCGCAACCGUAAGCUCCAGUCCCCGCUGCACCUGGCUGUGCAGCAGGCCCAUGUGGGGCUGGUGCCGCUGCUGGUGGACGCUGGCUGCAGCGUCAAUGCCGAGGACGAGGAGGGGGACACAGCUCUGCAUGUGGCACUGCAGCGUCACCAGCUGCUGCCCCUGGCGACUGAUGGGGCCGGGGGGGACCCAGGGGCCUUGCAGCUGCUGUCAAGGCUACAGGCCUCGGGCCUUCCGGGCAGCACGGAGCUGACGGCGGGCGCGGCGGUCGCCUGCUUCUUGGCGCUGGAGGGCGCCGACCUGAGCUACGCCAACCACCGCGGCCGGAGCCCGCUGGACCUGGCAGCUGAGGGCCGCCUGCUCAAAGCCCUGCAGGGCUGUGCCCAGCGCUUCCGGGAGCGGCAGGCUGGCGGCGGCGGGGGCGCGGCCCAGGGUCCAAGGCUGGCGCUCAGUGCCCCCAACACUGUUACCAACCUGCACGUCACUGCGCCGUCCGGGCCCGAGGCCGCUGAGUGCCUGGUGUGUUCGGAGCUGGCGCUGUUGGUGCUGUUCUCGCCUUGCCAGCACCGCACGGUGUGUGAGGAGUGCGCCCGCAGGAUGAAGAAGUGCAUCAGGUGCCAGGCGGUCAUCGUCAAGAAGCUGCGCCCAGACGGCACGGAGGUGGUCAGCGCCGCCCCCGCCCCCGGCCCACCGCGGCAGCUGGUGGAGGAGCUGCAGAGCCGCUACCGGCAGAUGGAGGAGCGCAUCACCUGCCCCAUCUGCAUCGACAGCCACAUCCGCCUCGUGUUCCAGUGCGGUCACGGCGCCUGCGCGCCCUGCGGCGCUGCGCUCAGCGCCUGCCCCAUCUGCCGCCAGCCCAUCCGCGACCGCAUCCAGAUCUUCGUGUAGCCCGCGCCCCCUGCCUCGUCCGGGGCCACGCCCCGCGACCGCCUUCGCAAGCCCCUACUCUGUAUUUUAUAAAAAGAUUAAUGGACUUUG